AUGCGGCGCGUCGCCAGGCGGAUGGAGACAGCAAUGCGCCUCGCGCCUGGCGGUGUCCCGGCUGUAACCUACCGCAUGAAGUCUUCCCGUCGUCAUAUACGUGCUGGUGUGAGAAGGAGGUGGACCCUCGGCCGCUGCCUGGGCUCCCGCCGCACUCCUGUGGACAGACGUGUGCGCGUCCGCGCAAGGGCUGUCCUCAUCCAUGCGAUGCAACUUGUCAUGCUGGACCGUGCAAGCCGUGUACUGCGAUGGGUCCGACGCAGGAUUGCUUCUGUGGACGGAACUCAUCGACGAAACGGUGUCAGGAUACUGACUAUGAGAAUGGAUGGAGCUGUGGUGAGAUCUGCGGGGACCUACUUCCCUGUGGAGAGCAUACUUGCUCCCGGCCGUGUCAUGAGGGGCUCUGUGGCUCAUGCGAGGAGAAGAUUGAAGCGCGUUGUUAUUGUGGCAAAGUCGAGACACAGAUGCUGUGCAGUUCGAAGGAGGAAGAGAUGGAAAGCCAGACAUUGCAUCAUGAGCCCGGACAGGACGAGAAGCUCGAGGAAUGGGUUGGCUGCUUUAGCUGCGGAGACACCUGCAAUCGACCGUUCGACUGCGGCGUGCACUUCUGCCAGAAAGGUUGUCAUCCACAAGACGCUGAGCCCGCCCAUUGCCCGAGGUCCCCGGAUAUUGUAUCCCAUUGCCCUUGUGGGAAGACUUUGUUAG